AUGCCAAAAGAGAAGAAAACUAAGAAAUCAAAAAAGGCUGAAGACGACGAUCAACAGGAUAGUGAGUUAACAUCUGUUGAUAAGCAAUUUUUUGAGUUGCAAAUUGAAGAUACUAAUAAAAAGCUAAAUCGUCUUCGAACUCAUAAUGUUAAAAUAGAAGAAAAGAAUGAACAAUUGGAAGCUACUAUAAAGCAGAUGGAAGAAAAUCGCAAGGAUGUUACCUCAUUCCUUAAUAGAACACUGCACGAAAAAGUCAACACCAUUCAAGAACUGGAGAACAAACUCACUGAACUUUCAAAAGUUCGAUUAAAUGAAAACGAGAAUUUUAAAAACCGAACCGCUGAAUGGGAAAAUAAAUUCAAAACAAUGCAUGACAAUCUUUCCUCAGAGAUUAAACUUUUAACAGGGAAAUUGAAUUCAAUGGAAGAGUUUCGUCUCCAGCGCGAUGAUUUGAUGGCUAAAUUCGAUACUCAAGAGAUGGAAUUAAAAGAGCAAGCAAAGAUACACAAAGCAACACUUUAUGAUAUGGAGAAAAAAGUUAUUUUGGACAAAGAAAGAAUGCGUAAAGAUGUUGAAAAUAAGCUUUUGGAAUUGUCAACUGAAUUCACUAAAACAAGCGACUUACGUGUCGCCGCAUCAACGCAACGUCUUGUAAGAGAAAAUAUUUCCCUUAGUAAUGACAUCGACCGAGUAAUGCUUUUGAAGGAAAAGCUCCAACAAGAAAACGAAGAAAUAAAGAAGAAACAAAACGAGUUUCAAAGUCAAUAUGAUGCAAAUAUUCUGGAAAAGAAAUGUUUGACUAAAAAUCUUGAGCGACAGUUGUGUACAAUCAAAAAGUUGACAUCAGAAUGUGAGAAUUUAACAGAACAAAAUAACUGCUUGAAAGAAAUUAAGAGAACUUAUGAAGUAGCACGAAAAAUGACCAAAGAUAGUCGAAGUGAAUUGAUCGACAUGCAUAAUAAAAUUAGAAUUCUUGAAGAUCAUGUUGCAGAAAUUGAUAACGACCGCUUACAAUUGAAGGCAGAUGCAAAUUAUUAUCGUCAUGAAUAUAACCGAGUUACAGAUAUAAUCAAAUCAGUACGGUCAAGUGUUUUAUUAGCACUUGAAGGAAACUAUGAGCAAAGUGAUCCAAAUCUAAAAGUCUCCCUAAGACGAAAUCUGCUUACAGAUUUGUUGAAUGUUUUGAACAACAUCGAAAGACACAGAAAAAAGGUUUCUCAAUCCGGUCCUUCCGGAAAAGCUGAAGAUUUCUAUAGUCAAGGAGAUUUAGGUAUGAUUCCUAAAAACGGAGAAAAUUAA